AGACGUUCCGAUUUAUUUAACCUAACCUUCAAUGUAUGUAUCCAAUUAAAUAACUCACUAUAGAAUAUUAUCUUCGAAUCUUAAAAUAUAAUUUCUCUAUCUCAGGUUAGGUAAGGCAAGGUGGACUUCAGGAGACACUAAAAUGCACUAUAAAAACAUAUAUUAUGUUGGUGGGAAGGGGGAAAUGAGGUAUGCUGGUGAAUAGUAAACCUCACUAAUCUAAUUUGUUCAGUGUGGUUGAAUCUCGAGCCGGUGUGGGAAAAUAUUCCUUUCCGACCUCAGAAGCCCAAAUAGGUCCCUCAUUAAAAUACGUUGGGUGCAAUUUCACACAUACCAUGUGUGAUUUCCAGUCUAGUCAUUCAUGGUAAGACGCCAACUUGUAAGAAUCCUAGAAAAGAUUUAGGCGAAGGAAAAUAGCUAAGCUACAUAGCUCAGAGAUAUUUGUUUCAUUCAUGCAUAUUGCUUUUGAGAAGUUACCAUUGAUGAAGGUUUCUAUUUCUCCGGUGGGCGUCAGCAUCACUAGAAAAGGGAAGGCAAGGACUCUGGGCUUAGGAGUCAAGAUGAUACCCUAUGUGGCGUUGUGCAAAUAUUUUCCUGUCGCUAUAGUUGUGGUCAUAGUUUUCAGUGUCAAUGGAUACAUUGAAGAUCCUCUUUUUGACUGCCUGCAAGAUUCAGACUAUGCCGAACUCCAUGAAAUUGUGAACAGAGGUCUUCCCUUCACAAAGACACCUCAUCGGAUUGCCAUCGUCGGUGGUGGUAUUGCUGGACUGACUGCAGCAAAGUUUCUGGAGGACGCAGGGCACAAGGUGACUUUAAUAGAGGCAAGUGGUCGAAUUGGAGGACGGGUGGAGACCUACAGAAAUAGAAGAGAGGGAUGGUAUGCAGAACUGGGUGCUAUGAGGAUCCCUAGCUUUCACAAAAUUCUUUUAUCAUUUGCAUUAAAAAUGGGCCUUGGACUGAACCCAUUUAUCCAGGAUGACAUCAACACAUAUUACUAUGUGAACGGGUUGCUGCAGAAAACAUACAGAGUUAAAGAGAACCCAGACGUGCUGAACUAUCCCUUGACUGACAAGGAAAGGGGAAAAUCGGCUGGUCAGCUCUUCGACUUGGCCCUGUGGAAGAUAAGGGAUGAUAUCAAGACAGCUGGCUGCGAGGCCAUGUUGAGAAAAUAUGACUCGUACUCAGUCAAGGAGUAUCUAGUGAAGGAGGGGAACCUGAGUCGUGGUGCCAUGCGCAUGAUUGGAGAUAUCCUGAAUGAGAACAGCCUCUUCUACGCAUCACUUACUGAGAUGCUGUAUAUUCAGUCAGAUAUUAACGACAACACUGUCUAUUACGAGAUCACUGAUGGGUUUGACCAUUUACCAAGGGCAUUUUACCAGGCCCUCAAUAGUACCAUUCUUCUCAACUCCAAGGUCCGACUCAUCAGUCAAACCAGCAGCAACGUAACCGUAUCCUACCAGGACUGGCGCAAUCCAUCCUCCCUGACCAACCUUACAGUAGACUAUGCCCUGGUGACAGCUACAGCGAAGGCUACCCUCUUCAUGGAUUUCCAACCCCCGCUGUCACCCCAGAAAAUGGAGGCCCUGCGGUCCGUGCACUACGCCAGCUCCACCAAGGUGGUCCUCAGCUUCAGUGAGAGAUUCUGGGAAAAGGAGGGCAUCAAAGGGGGGAAGAGCAUCACAGAUCUCCCCUCUCGUUUCAUCUACUACCCUAGCCACAGCUUCCCAGGCACGGCUGGGGGGGCUCUCCUGGCAUCCUACACCUGCUCCGAUGACUCCACUCUGUUCCAGGGGGUCAGCGAGGAUGAACUGAAGGCCUUGGUGCUGGAUGACCUGGUAAAGAUCCAUGGGGAGGCUAUACGACCUCUCUGCACUGGAGGGUUGGUGAAGAAGUGGGGGCUGGAUCCCUUCAGCCUGGGGGCUUUUGCCAUUUACACACCUUACCAGCAGACGGACUACGCCUCGGACCUGUUCAGGAAUGAGAGCAGAGUCCACUUUGCUGGGGAGCAUACGGCCCUACCUCACGCUUGGAUCGAGACUGCCAUGAAAUCUGCACUAAGGGCAGCCAGGAACAUCAGUAACCUGGCAUGAUAUACAUCUGGGGCCUGGGGACAUCGAUUGUAUUUUGAUUAGCUUGAGAAGCCAUGAUUAAAGGGUGAAUGUUGACAAACUAAAUUACGAAAUUAAAUGGCCAAACCAAAAGCAAUACAUUUUUGUAACGUUUUUUAGAACUGUCUGAUGAUGCAUUCGCUAGUAUACAUGUGUUCUGCUUUACUCAAUAUGAAUGGCACAACAUGAUGAGAUGAGUGUGGAUGAAAUGAAACAGAACUGAACAUGUUUACUGGCCUAUUUACAAGUAAAAAUUCAGGGCGUAUUGUUUAUACCUUUUCCCCUUUCUAACCUGUAUUCUUUUUGUGUGUACUGUUUUAAACUGGCAAUUUUGUUACACAUACUAAAGUAUUGUAGGAAAGAAAACUAUGUAAAAUGAGGAUGUCACACAUAUGUUACAUAGAUGUAAUGAGCAGCAUGGUGUAGGUGUAGUUCUUGGGCCUACUUUUUUUAAAUGUUAUUUUAAUAAAGCCGUAUUGUAACCAAAAA